GCCAAGAAGAAGGAAGCCAGUGAUUCCCUUCUCGCAUGGAGCUCAGCCUCUUCUUCUCUCCUCUUCGAUGUCGCUCACUCCUCUCUCCACCCGAGAAACCCUAUUUCGCCUCUCGCUUCUCACUUCCUCGCCCGUUCCCCGUCUUUCCCUCUCCAAUCGAUGCUUCUCGUGCCGCCACUAGGCUCCGAUUCAAGCCUUCUUCUUGCUUGAGCCGUGCUGAUGAUGGGGAGAGGAUCUCGGAGCUUCCGCCUUCUUCUUUGUCUGGUAGGGAUUUAAAUUCGGAUUCUUUAAGUAUUUGGAAGCAGAUGAAGGAUAUUGCGCUGUUUGCUGGCCCUGCUACUGGGUUAUGGAUUUGCGGACCGCUUAUGAGCCUCAUUGAUACCAUGGUUAUUGGACAGGCUAGCUCUCUGGAGCUCGCGGCUUUGGGGCCUGGGACUGUGUUUUGUGAUAAUCUGUCUUACAUCUUCAUGUUCUUGUCCAUUGCCACUUCCAACAUGGUUGCCACUUCACUUGCCAAGAAGGAUGAGAGUCUGGUUCAACAUCAGAUAUCCAUGUUGCUCUUUGUAGCUUUUGCUUGUGGGUUGGGGAUGUUCUUGUUCACAAAAAUACUUGGAACACGAGUCUUAGCUGCUUUUACAGGGUUGGAGAAUGUGCACAUUCUUCCUGCCGCAGACACAUAUGUUCAGAUUCGAGCUUUUGCAUGGCCCGCUGUUCUUGUUGGUUUGGUUGCUCAAAGUGCUAGUUUAGGGAUGAAAGAUUCAUGGGGGCCAUUAAAGGCCUUGGUGGUUGCUAGUGCCAUAAAUGGUUUCGGUGAUAUAUUUCUUUGUUGUAUAUGUCACUAUGGCAUUGCAGGCGCUGCAUGGGCAACAAUGGUCUCACAGGUUGUUGCAGCUUUUGUGAUGAUGUGGUCACUACACAAGAAAGGUUUUAAGGCAUUUUCAAUGUCCAUUCCAUCACCACGAGAACUUGUCCAGAUUUUUGAGAUUGCUGCCCCUGUGUUUAUAACAAUGACAUCAAAGGUAGCCUUCUAUUCAAUUCUCAUAUAUGCAGCCACUUCAAUGGGAACUAUGACCCUUGCAGCUCAUCAGGUUAUGAUUAAUGUCUUCUGCACAUGUACUGUAUGGGGCGAACCACUGUCACAAACAGCCCAAUCUUUCAUGCCAGAGCUCAUGCAUGGAGUUAGCCGGAGUUUAACGAAGGCACGAACGUUAUUGAAGUCGCUUGUAAUAAUUGGGGCUAUAAUCGGAGUGACAUUAGGAGUUAUUGGAACAUCUGUUCCAUGGCUUUUCCCCAGACUCUUCACGGGUGAUCAGAUAGUUAUUGGAGAGAUGCAUAAAGUGUUGCUACCGUAUUUUAUUGCUUUGAUGGUGACACCUUCAACACAUAGCCUUGAAGGAACCUUACUGGCUGGAAGGGACUUCAAGUUUCUGAGCUUGUCAAUGACUGGAUGCUUUUGUUUUGGUGGCCUGCUAGUAUUGCUUGCAUGCAAUAGAGGUUAUGGUUUGCCGUCAUGCUGGUGGGCGCUAGCAGGAUUUCAAUGGGCGCGGUUCUCGCUUGCCUUACAAAGACUCAUCUCACCGCGUGGCAUGUUAUUCAAUGAGGACUACUACCAAGCCAAUUUUGCGAGGUUGAAGGCCACGUAACUCGAACUUUUUAGGGAAGUCAAUUGAUUGGUGAUAUUUGAUCUUAGGUGGUUAAUAUGGUUAUUUAUUUCUGCUUUGGAAAAAAAAACCUUUGAUCUUGGAGUUGGGAAGAAAAUGAGAUGUCAAUUCUCUUAUUGUAAAGGUGGCUGCUCUGAUACUCUGAAGUGGUGGUUAGUUUGAAUGUUAAGAAAAGAAGAAGAGGAAGAAGUAUUUUUGGUUUGUUGUUUAAGCUGAAGUGGUUGCCCAAAGCAGAGUAUAUAUUGCUUGUAAUAUUUACUUAUUUAUUUGUUAUAACAUUUUAAAAAGGAAGUGAACAAAGCAACUUAAGGGGAUCAUUUCACUUUUAGUUUUUUACUGGCAAAUUCAAUAUCAAAGUUUUAA